UUUUACUGCCAUGGUAUAUGACAGUAUAGGUCCAUUAAUUUUCAACUACGCAAAUUCUAGUGGGAACGAACCAACGUUUUUGUUGAAUCCAUACUCAUGGACAAAGAUUGCCAACGUGAUAUUUUUGGAUCAACCCGUUGGUACUGGAUAUUCCUAUGCAAAAAGUUGGGAAGAAUACCGGACCGGUGAUACAUUAUCAUGUACUCAGACCUAUGAAUUUCUAAGGAAGUGGCUUAAAGAUCACCCUCAAUUUCUGAAAAAUCCACUAUAUAUUGCUGGUGAUUCAUAUUCAGGCAUAACCGUUCCCAUCGUUGCUCAACAAGUAUCCAACGGUAACGAAGCCGGCCAUGAACCGCCAAUGAAUCUCAAAGGUUACGUGCUUGGCACAACAUAUGACGUGAACUCACGAAUUAAAUAUGCUCAUCGCAUGGCACUUAUAUCCAAUGAACUCUAUGAGAGUUAUAACUAUAUCUUCUGCUUCAUUUGGGCUAAUGACAAAACUGUCCAAAAUGCUCUAAACGUUAGAGAGGGAACAAUAAAGGGUUGGGAAAGAUGCAAUCAGAGCAUGGAUAGCAAUAAUGCAUAUGAUGUUAGAACUAGUAUUGACUAUCAUCGAAAUCUCACCAAGACAAACCUUAGAGCACUGGUUUACAGUGGUGAUCAUGACAUGAUUAUUCCAUAUGCGGGCACUCGAGAAUGGAUAAAAUCUCUAAAUUUGAGUGUUGAUUACAAAUGGAGACCAUGGUUUGUUAAUGGCCAAGUUGCAGGGUACACCGAUGCAUAUACAAUGAAAGCGUACAGUUUGACAUUUGUUACUGUAAAGGGAGGUGGCCACUCAGCUCCAGAAUACAAGCCUAUGGAAUGUCUUGCCAUGGUUGAUAGGUGGUUUUCAUAUUACUAUGUUUAAUUAGCUCUUUCAUGUUGCUAGCUGGUACUGCUUUGGUGAAUAAAUUUCCAAGAAUAUUGUCAAUUGGAUAUGAAACUGUGAAUGUCACUUUUGUGUAACACAUGUUCUUGAUGUAUAAUCUUUAGUACGGCGGACGAUCGAGCAAAUUUUUUUGUAUUAUAUUAUAUAUGCCACACAAUAUAAUUUUUUUA